CGCCUGUUCCCUUUCCUGUCUUUCUCUUGACUUUCUCUCUCCUACUCCCACUUCUUUCUCACAUCUGGAGGGUAUCCGCUGUGGCUGUGUGACUCCUUGCUUGCUGUGGGACAGCCUGUGUUUGGACUGGACAUCAGACUUGAGUGCAUUUCAGCUAACGUGCGGAAGAGCUCUUGCAGCUGGUGAGGACUGAACCUUCAAACUCAGCAGAGAGAAGGAGCAGAGAGCCGGCUUUCUUUUGUUGUUGGCCUGCAUGCACAUAUCCUCGUGCAACAGGAGAGCUCAGCAGUGAACAUGGCCUUUCCCAAGCCCUCCCUCCUGCGGGCCCUGAGUGUGCUGCUCUUGGCCUCAGUAUUGGUGCGGUGCCAGGCCCCUCUGGAACCAGUGGAAGAGGAAGAACCAAUAAUGGGGACUGACAUUGCAAAGUUGGCGACACAAUCUCAGCCUGUCCAGUGUCCACAAGACUGUAGCUGUACAUCAGAGGAGGCAGUGGACUGCGCUGGAGUCGACCUCACAGAGUUUCCAUCCGAUUUGUCAGAUAAAAUCAGCCGUCUCUCGCUGCAGAACAACAAAAUCAAGCAGUUAACAGUGGAGCACGUUUCCCAUCUGUAUCAGCUCGAGACCCUCAACCUUCAGAACAACUGGCUCACUACAGAUGGCCUUGAAGAGGAAGGUUUCGAGAUGCUGGAAGAGCUGGCUUAUUUAUACUUGGCGAAUAACAAGCUUACUUCAGCACCAAAGGUCUUACCCCCCUCUUUGGUUAGUGCUGAUUUUGCUGCGAAUGAGCUUUCAAAGAUCUACCCAUAUACCUUUGGCCAUAAACCAAAACUGAGGUCUGUGUAUCUCCAUAACAACAAGCUGACUGAUGCAGGGCUUCCUGAUCACAUGUUCAAUGCUUCUGACAAUCUGGAGAUCCUGACAAUGUCAAGCAACUUCCUGCGGGUUGUACCCAAGAACCUGCCCUCCAGCCUUUAUCGUCUUCAUCUAAAGAGUAAUAAGUUGGAGAAAAUCCCAGCAGGGGCUUUUGACAACUUGCAAAACCUAAGAGAAUUGUAUCUCCAGAACAAUCUGCUCAGCAAUGAGGGCAUUGACAACGAGACUUUCAGCCAACUGAACAGCCUGGAGUGCCUGGAUUUGUCAAAUAACAAUCUGAGCGUCGUCCCCAAGGGUCUGCCUCGCAAUCUAGUGCUGCUACACCUGGAGAAGAAUUCUAUCCGCAGCAUCCCUGGAGACGCUCUUACCUCUGUCCGAAACCUUGAGUACUUGCUUCUCCACAAUAACAACAUCCGCUCCCGCUCCAUCCACCCAGCUGCCUUCCAGGGUUUAAAGAAGCUGCAUACUCUACACAUGUAUAACAAUUUGCUGGAGCGGGUUCCCCGGGGCUUGCCUCGACGGGCCAAGACCCUAAUGCUGCUCCACAACUCGAUUUCUGAACUUGGCCGGAACGACCUGGCCCUGCUUUACACCCUAACGGAGCUCAAUCUUAGCUACAACAAGCUGACCAACCAAAAUGUUCACAGAGAUGCCUUCAGGAAGCUGCGCGAUUUGGAAAGACUGGACCUGUCGGGGAACAACUUUCAUGCCGUGCCCCUGGGUCUUCCGCGCAGCCUGCAGGUGCUCGAAAUCAAGAACAAUCACAUCAACGCUAUUCCGGUUGGUGCACUGACGGGCAUGGAGAAGCUACAAAAGAUCAUCCUGAGUCACAACCAGUUGAAACUGAACUCAGUCUACCAAGGAGCUUGGAUGGAGCUCAGUGCGCUCACAACGUUAGAUCUGUCUGCCAACCAGCUGUCGCACAUCCCCUCGGACCUUCCUGAGUCUCUGGAGUACCUUCACCUAGAGAGUAAUCGCAUCUCCACUGUUCCUGCUUCAGCAUUCGAAGGCACUCCGAACAUCAAAGGCAUCUUCCUCCGGUUUAACCGCCUGUCUGUGGACUCUGUGGAUGAGAGCUCUUUCGCCCACCUGUCCAACUUGCAAGUGCUGGACAUUGGCACAGCAAACACUGACCUUCCCUUUAAAAGAGACGACAUGGAGGGUGAUAUGAUGAUGGAGGAGGAGCAAGAAACAUAAGAGACGCUUAAUUAAACGGGACUUGAUUGUGUGAAGGAAAGAAAUAUUAUCUAAAUGGGAAUGAACCUGUGAAUGUAAUUUUCCUGGUUCAUUAUCGUAUUGUGCUGAGUGGCAGAGUCACAUGUUUCUGGUGCAGGAUACCAGAUGAAGUUACUUUAGUUUCCAUUGUAUGGGCUGGUUAGUAUAUCUUUAUAUCUGAGCUUUCAUAUUGUAUUGUACAACAUCUUUCUAUCGUCUACAUUUUGUUAUUCUGCUUUAUUCUGAGAAAAAUCUAUUCUUUUCCUCUAAUUUUCCUUUGAAAAUGUCUCUGUAUCAAAAUGAAAAUUAGGUUGCAACUUUAAGCAGAUGUUGAUACUUUGUGCAUCUUAAUGCAUACUUUCAUUUUGUUUAUGGCUGUCCCUUCACCCUGGCUUACUCAAUUGAUUUUACUAGAAAUACUGUGAAACUAUUUGUGUUUUAACAAGAGUGGCCAGAUAUGCAGUUGGACUCCCACUGAAACCAACACACCCACAGUAGCUGUUGAAUGAAACACCGCAAGUCUCAAACAUGACUUUAUUUCAAAUUGAAUGAGAAAUCUAUUGGUUAGUUAAUUUAAAGCAGUGAAUCAAUCUCUCGAGCCUGAGGGGAUUUCAUUAUAUCACCCCUCCAAAAGUCUUCAGUAUUUAAUUCAUUAUGAUAUAAGUAGAAAACAAAAACAACAGAGCAAAAGAUUACAUUAGAGAACCUUUAAAGUAACAUCCUUAAAUGUGUCAGUACAAUAAAUACUUAUAUAUACAUGUUUAUACAUUUUUAUAUAAUAUUCAGUAUAUAGGCACUGUAUUCCUUAAAGGUUCAGUGUGUUGGAUUUAGUGGCAUAUAGUGGGUGGUGUCACAUUUGCAUCUAGCUGAUACCCCAGAGACUUAACCCCACUCCAAGCCUGUAGGAGAAGGAAAAUCAAAAGGAAAAACAAUAUGAAAGGUCAUUUGUGGAACCUGUAGAAACAUGGCAGACUACUUGGAAGAGGACCCACACCUGAUGUAGAUAGAAAGGUCUCAUUCUAAAGUAAGAAAAUGCAAUAAUUCUUAGUUUUAGGGAUUUUACAGACAUGAGAGUCGUUGUUGUGUGUCUGUUGCUCCAAGCUUCCAAUACAUGUAUAAUACCAAAAUGUACAUUCUGUUGCACCCCGUCACUAAAUCAAACCAGGACUGAAAUCGUAAUGUUUGCAAGUUUAGAUUGACAAUUUUGACCUCAUGAAUAAUUUUAAUUAUUAAUCUAAUUAAAUUUGAUCUCUAGAAUUUCUCAUUCAAUUGACAAAUUUAAAUAAGAGUGCUGUUUCAGCACUACUAUCAAAUCAAUCCGCUGGUGUUUAGUGUGACACACAGCCAGUGAAGUAUAUCCAUUAAAUGCAGUGAUUUACCUACAAAAUUUACAUAAAAAUAUUCAAAACAUAAACCAAAUUUCAGCUUCAAUACUACUUCAGUCUGCACCUGUUUUAUAUAAGAUGAUGGAAAGUAUUUAGAUAUGACAUUUAAAAUAUCACUCACCAUAUUGCUAUGAUUUCAGUGUCACUUUCACACACAGCAGUAUUGUAUUGUCACAUAUACGGUCAUCAAACACAGCAAUAAAUCAUUUUAAAAAUGA